UUAUAACGACAUCUGUUUAUGAAGUAUUAAUUGGAUUAGUAAGAACUUUGGGCGUUGACCAUAAACUAUCAUACUUUUGUUUUAUUCAAUGAACGGUUAAGUCUCGCUGUUACUUUAUUACAAUAACUUUAUUAAUGGUAUUAUCUACCUAGUGUAUUAUUUCUGUGAUUUGUCGCACACGGGAUAUAAAAUAAAAUAUAACAAUUAUUUCAUGAAUUACUUUUCAAAGAAAUAUGUGGCUUUUUAUUCUAUUAUUAACCGUGCUCGGUGGUAAUUGUCAAGAAACUUUAGAAACAACUCGGUCUCCAUGGCUUAGUGGAAACAAAAAUGAAAAUAUAAUAAUAAAAGAUGCCACAUAUUUCGUGGUGGCAUCGCGUAUGGUACGUCCAGGCCAGAUUUAUCGAAUAGCUGUAAGUGUAUUACAUAGUUCACUACCAAUGGUUAUACGUUCUUCCAUACAACGUAAUGGAGUAGAAAUUGCGGCUGAUCAUCAAGAAGUUAAAGAGGGUAUACCAGAAACAUUAUUAAUGCGUAUGCCACUUACUUCUGUACAAGGAGAUUAUAACUUACGCAUCGAAGGAUUAUAUAAUAGUUUGACUGGAGGUCAAGCCUUUUUAAAUGAAACUAAACUUACCUUUUCACAAAGAUCUAUGACAAUUUUCAUCCAGCUAGAUAAGCCAGUAUAUAUGCAGGGAGAAACAAUACGUUUUAGAGCCGUACCUAUUGACACCGAAUUAAAAGCUUUUAAUAGUCCUAUUGACGUCUAUAUGCUAGAUCCACAUAGACGUAUUAUGAGACGUUGGUUGAGCAGACAAAGUAAUUUAGGAACUGUCUCUUUAUCGUAUCAGUUGUCAGAUCAGCCAGUUUUUGGAGAAUGGAUCAUACAAGUUAUAGCUCAAGGACAAGUAGAAGAGAAAACAUUUUUGGUAGAAGAAUAUUAUCAAACACGUUUCGAAGUUAAUGUCACGAUGCCAGCAUUUUUUUUUGAAAAUGAUCCAUACAUUCAUGGGAUCGUUCAAGCAAAUUAUACAUCUGGAGCGCCUGUAAAAGGAAAUUUAACGCUAAAGGCCUCUUUCAAGCCUAUAGAUAGAACUGGAAGUUCGUCAACGCAAAUAGAGCCUAUUGAAAGAUAUUUUAAUUUUAAUGAAUAUUAUCCCGCAUGGUUUAAACAACCAAACGUUUAUGAGGAGAAAGUGCCUGUAAUGAGGUUUUUCAAUGGAACGUAUCAUUUUCAAUAUCCAAUGGCAGAAUUACUUAAUAUUGCUCCAUCUUUGGAUGGAAUGGAAGUGAGCAUUGUUGCGACAGUUGGAGAAAGGUUUUUAGAUGAAAUUGUUGUUGGUUAUUCUAUGGCUAGGAUAUUUAAUUCAACCAUAAAAGUAUAUUUUCUAGGUGGCACUCCACAGGUAUUCAAGCCAGCUAUGCCUUUUACCGUGCAUUUAGUUGCAUCUUUUCACGACAAUUCAGCAUUACGACUUACUCAACUUAAAGGAGCAACAAUGGAAAUACGUGGAGAAGUUGAAAUAAAGUCUGGUGGACGAAGAACUAUGAAUCCACAAUAUCUGAAACCUUCUUCAGAGUAUGAGGGUAUUUGGUCUACAAAAAUAGAUCUCAGAGAACAAAUUGGAUAUCCACAAAAUGCGGAACAAACUCAACAAAUGCUCAAUGAUGUCACUUCUAUGAAAAUAUCUGCUUAUUUUACCGAUGGCGAAGGAUUUAGAGCUCAAUCGGAAUUAUUAUUAUUCGCACAUGAGUCUCCAAAUCAGAAACAUAUAAAAAUAAUAACAUCAACUGAAAAAGCUAAAGUUGGAGAAUACAUAAUAUUUCAUGUACAGACAAACUUUCAUAUAGAUUAUUUUAAUUAUAUUAUCAUGGCUAAAGGAACGAUACUUUUAAGCGGACAAGAAUACAUGCAGCAUAAUAUAAAAACUUUCGCAAUUCCAUUAAGUCCCGAAAUGGCUCCUGUUGCAACUGCAGUUGUGUACUAUGUUGGCCAUUAUGGGGAUGUUGUUGCAGAUUCUUUAACUUUCCCUGUAAAUGGCAUCUCUCGUAAUAAUUUUACAGUAUUCAUUAAUAACAAAAAAGCGCGUACAGGUGAAAAUGUGGAAGUUGCCAUUUAUGGAGAGCCAGGAGCAUAUGUUGCGCUUUCGGGUAUCGAUCGAUCCUUUUACACUAUGCAAGCUGGUAAUGAAUUAACUUAUGCAAAUGUUAUAUCAAAGAUGGCACACUUUGACGAAGAUACUAAUGGGACUUACUCUCAUACUUGGUUGCUUCAUGGUGGAGAUCCUGAUGAAAUGGUUUAUUUUCCGUCCUCUACAUUUGGGAUAGAUGUAAAUCGCACUUUCGAAUAUAUUGGAUUAGUUGUUUUUACAGAUGCACUGAUCUAUAGACGUCCAGAUCAUUGUAAUAGAACCCAAGGAUACGGGGAGUGUCUCUCGGGGCGUUGUUAUAAAUUAGAAAAAAAGUGUGAUGGCAUGUUUGAUUGUGAAGAUGGUACAGAUGAAGCACGCUGUUUACAUGGCAAUGCAACUGAUAUUUUAGAGUUUAGAAAGUGGCGUUUUAAUAGGAUUCAAAGACAAUAUGAAAAUGUUUGGCUUUGGAAAGAUAUAAACAUAGGGCCACAUGGUAGACAAAUUUUCAACAUAGACGUGCCACGCAGACCAGUUCAUUGGAUGGUCACAGUUUUUGGUAUGUCUCCGAGCAAGGGUUUUGGAAUGUUACCUAAAGCAUUGGAAUAUACAGGAAUUCUGCCAUUUUAUAUUAAUGUAGAAAUGCCAACGCACAGUAAACAAGGCGAACAGAUUGGCAUAAGAGUGUCCGUUUUUAAUUAUAUGCGUGGCGAUAUCGAAGCGACAGUUGUUUUAACAGGAUCUAAAGAUUACAAAUUUGUUCACGUUGAGGAUAAUGGCAUUGUACAGUCAUAUAAACCACGCACUUCUUUUGGAGAACAUCAAUUCUUUUUAUGGAUACAUGCUCAAGAUGCAACUGUUGUAUAUCUACCAAUUGUUCCAGUAAGACUGGGUGACAUUAAAAUACAUAUUUAUGCAACGACAUUAAUAGGACGUGAUUCCGUUACGCGCACCUUACAUGUAGAAGCUGAUGGGCUACCUCAACAUAGGCAUCAAUCCAUUCUCCUUGAUUUAAGCAACAGAGCGUAUGUAUUUCAAUACAUGCACGUUAACAUUACAGAAACACCAAUUAUAUCUUACGACGAAAAUCGUUAUUAUGUGUUUGGAUCAAACAAGGCAACUAUAAGUGUAGUCGGGGAUGUGGUUGGACCUAUAUUUCCAACGAUGCCUGUCAAUGCUACAAGUCUUAUAGAUCUUCCAAUGGAUUGUGCUGAACAGAAUAUGUUCAGUUUUGCCGCUAAUAUGUACACGACAUUGUAUAUGCGUCUAGUCAAUCAACGCAAUAGAACGCAAGAGAAGGAAAGCUUUUAUUAUAUGAACAUUGGAUAUCAGCGACAACUUUCGUUUAUGAAUCCUGAUGGAUCUUUUAGUCUUUUUCGCAGUGAUUGGAACCAAUCUGCAUCUAGUGUAUGGCUCACUGCUUAUUGUGCGCGCAUCUUUCAAGAAGCAAGCUUUUAUGAAUGGGAAAACUAUUUAUAUAUAGAUCCCGAUGUAAUCACGCAAGCCGUUUCUUGGGUAUUAAAGCAUCAAACUCCGGAAGGAUCUUUUUACGAAGUGACAUGGUUACCAGAUCGAAAAAUGAAUAGCUCUCUCAAUUAUAAUAGUGAUAUAAUAAGAUUCAGAAAUAUUAGUCUUACUGCACAUGUGCUUAUUACAUUGGAAACUGUAAGGGAUUUGACAGGUGGCUUGGGUUCUCAAGUUGCUUUAGCUUCUGCAAAUGCCAUUAAAUGGUUAGAGAGAAAUAUGAAACUUUUAGAAGAAAAAGGGAAACCAUAUGACGUUGCUAUCGUAUCAUAUGCAUUAUUAAUGGCGAAAGCCUCUACAGCAGAACAAGCAUUUAAUAUUUUGACUAGGCACGCACGUAGAGAAGGUGGCUUAACGUAUUGGGGCAGAGAACCUGUUCCACCUCCGCCACAAAAAUUGGAAAAUCAAAAACCAUUCCUCCUCCCACGUUUACCUUAUAAGUAUGACGCAGAAAAUAUAGAAACAACAGCAUAUGCACUUCUUGUUUAUGUCGCAAGACAAGAGGUAAUGAUAGAACCAAUAGUAAAAUGGCUAAAUGCACAGAGAUUGACAGAUGGUGGAUGGGCUUCCACGCAAGAUACUGCGUGGGCCAUGAAAGCUUUAAUGGAUUAUACCGUCAGAUCUAGAAUUAGGGAUGUUAGUUCGUUAAAUGUAACAAUAGAAGCUACAGCUUUACCUGGGAAGACACAAAUAUUAUCUGUAAAUCCAAGCAAUCUUGCAAGACUUCAAUCCAUCGAGAUACCUGAAGCAUGGGGAACCGUAAAAGUCCAAGCAAAGGGUGCUGGAUAUGCAAUAUUGCAAAUGUCAGUGCAAUAUAAUGUUGACAUUAAAAGAUUUCAGACUCAGCCACCUGUCCAGGCAUUUGAUUUAAUAACCAGAGCUAAUUUCCAUGGUAGAAAUCAAUCUCAUAUUUCAUAUCUCAGUUGUCAGAGGUGGACAAACAUUAAUGAAUCAUCCCGCUCUGGAAUGGCAGUUUUGGAUGUAGCUAUUCCAACUGGUUACAUAAUUCAACAACAAAAUCUUGAUAAAUAUGUAUUAUCAAGAAAAGUAAGGAACUUACAAAGAGCACGGUUUCAAGGCAGGAAAGUCUUAUUUUAUUUUGAUUAUUUAGAUCAGGAAGAAACUUGUAUUAAUUUUACAAUAGAAAGAUGGUAUCCAGUUGCAAACAUGUCACGAUAUCUUCCCAUCAGAGUCUAUGAUUAUUAUGCUCCAGAACGGUUCAAUGAAUCUAUAUUUGAUGCUUUACCAACUUACACUCUAAACAUCUGUGAGGUGUGUGGUAGUUCGCAAUGUCCGUAUUGUCCUAUUUACAAUGCUGCUACUAUUUUGAUGUCUUCAACAAAUCUUAUCUUUAUUACAACUAUUUUAAUAACUGUAAUGAGAUACUAUCGGACACAAGUAUUCAACGUAGUUGAUAGUUUUCUUCUAUAAUUUUCAAUUAACCAUACCACGAUAGAAAAAUUUACAAAAUAUUUCGAUGAUACAAAUAAUAUAAAGGCAAGUAUUAUUUAUUUUUUCUUGCAAUUACAGAAUUACAAAUGAUAACAUGACGAAUUAUCAUCUGUCACAUGUUAUCAUGUUAAUGAUUUACGAUUUUUUAUUACUUGAUUAUUAACUCAUGUUUUAUGCAGAAGUAUUCCCAUUGAUUUAACAUAUGUAAUUUAAAUACCUUUUUGCACAUAGUUUUAGUUUGUGUAAAAAUAAUAUUUCUCAAAGAUCUGUAUAUAGUAUAUUGGAGCAUAAAAAGAUGCUCCAAAGCACAAAGAGAUAAAAGAAAACGAUACCGUCCUGUUAUAUGUAUGUUCGUUCAUAUCCAAGGAAAUAUUUGGGCAAAAGAACAAGACAUACGUAUUAACAUAUUUCAUUGUUUUAGAUAAGCAUAAGAGAUAUAUUUUAAUAAUUAGAUUUAUAUUUUAAGUAUUAUAUUAUAUUAUAUUAUAAUAAUUAUCAUAUAUGGCAUACUUUUCUUAUAUUUAAUUGCGAUGGUCUACUGAUAUACAAUAUUAAGGCCUAUUAUCCAAUAAGAUGUAUGCAUACAGGGAUAGAGAUAUUUAUUGAUGCACAUCACAAAUAUAAGUUGCAGGUCAUAAUGUCGUAUGAAAUGUAGACACAUUGCAAAUCUUUAAAGCAGAUUUUCGAUCUGCAUAAUCUUUCAAAUGCCGUCCAUGCAAGUCUGUUAUAAAAUAGCUUAUAUUUUAAAUAAUCCGUGCUAUAUAUAUGUGUUCAACAGGACAUCAGUUUUUUUUAUAUUACACAUAUAUAUAUAUGCGUGUAUAUAUGUGUAUAUAUGUGUAUAUAUAUAUAUAUAUAUAUGCACAUAUAAUGGUAUCAGAGGUACAAAGAUAGUUUAAAUCUUAAUGAAAAAAAGGAACCGUCCUGAACUAUAUGUAUAAUUUUCAUUGUCGAGGCGAUAGAACUUAAUAAAAAGAAGUAGCAUUUAAUACACAUUAAAAAUAUUUUUAUGUUUUAUAACAUUUAUAAAAAUAAAUUAAAAUCGAAUUCGAAAUCUGUCUUCACAUGUAUUAAAAAAUUCAUCUUCCAUAGGUCUUUCCAACAUUGUUGAUUCUGUCUUUUGAUAGGAAGAAUAGCGAGGAGGUGAAUUUGAUGGAGGGAAAAAGCCGUAAAUAUUUUUGAAGCAAUCUUUAAUAUAGCAACAUAGUCAGUCUUACAAUAAUAAGCCAAAAAUACAAUCUAUAUAUCAAGCUUGCGACGAACGGGCGAUAAACGCGUUUCCCUUGCUUGAGUGCGUUUCUAUCGUUUGGAGAAAUUAUUAUGGCGGAUAAAGAAGGAUAAUAAUCAUUCAGGGAAAAAGAAUGCACGUUAAUUCUGCCCGUACUAUCGCGACGAAUUUUACAAUUUUACACAUAAUUAUAAUGUAUCACGUUUGCGAAAUCGUAGGUCCUAUACUCUCUCGUCGAUGUUGCUAUCUCUUUCUCUUUCUCUCCCUUUAUUUUUCUCUUGAGAUAAAAUAUACGCAUCGCGCCCUAUUCAACGAAAUUUUCUUAAAUAAUACAAGACCUAUCGCUGAUGAACCCCUUAUUGUUUAUAUUGAAUGGUUUAAAGGACAAAUCAUUACUGGAGCAUAGCAAAUUUCUAUGUCCUUGGUACGGAUUUUCCUAAAAGGACUAUGCUCGACAACAUAUAUACGUUCCGACAUAUCAGUCAUAUUAAAAAUAAUAUCUAGAUAAAUGAAAUGAUGAAAUUUUUGAAGAAUGUCUAAAAAAGUCUUUACAAGUGAUUCUACGAUGAAAAUGAAAGCAGAUUACCAAUAAUCAAUCAGUUCGGUUAUCUGUUUUCAAAUGCGUAUCUGCAUUUUUAAUCAAUUAUCCAACUACUUUCUAUUGAUUCUAAUUAACUUGCGCUCGAUUAUAAUACCGAAGAAGUUAAAAAAAAAAAAAAAAAAAAAAAAAAAAAAAAAAAAAAAAGGGAAAAAGCAAAAAAGAUGAGAAAGGAAAUUUUGAUCGUCCUUCGGUCGACGAAAUAAUCGAGCGCAAGUCGAAGAGGAUAGAUCUUGUUCAUAAUUCGCGCGUAUUUUCAAUGAGAAUUAUGAACGACAUCUAGCGAGAAGCUCCUAAAGCUUCCAAAACGUUACUACUGCUUUGCUUAGCCCAGUCUGAGGAUUCAUAACGCGCGAAGUUCAUUAAGUUUUGUCCUAAUUACCGUUCAUCACCAAAUCGCUCACAACAAACAUUGUAAUUACAAUAUUACAAUUCAUUGUUAUUCAUCGAAAAAAGUUUUUCUUUUUAUUCGGGGGGUUCCUCAGUGUGCCACUAAACACUCGCAUUUUGACGUUCUCUCGUGACAUAGAGACCUAAACUCUAAAAUCAAAUAGGGCGGGAAAAACCAUCGAUACAAAUAUAUAGAUAUAUUAUAAUAUAAUAGUUAUUUGAUUAAACAUUUAAAGCCUUACGUAAAAUAUACAAUGUGAUGUGUGUAUUUUUCAUACGUUUUGUUUAUGCGAUAAUAUUACAUCAUGUUGUUGUUGGUAUUUUCUUUUUCGUAUGAAUAUAUCGCGUAACAUCGUUGCGUCACGUCGAAACGGAUGUAUUCUUCUCUCAUUUUUUUUUUCUUUUUUUUUUCUUUUUUUUUUCUUUUUUUUUUUUUUUUUUUUUUUAAAGACUUCUCAAAAUAUGCACCCAUAUUUAAAGUUUCUUAGCUCUUUUGUUUUCUUCUCCUCUUUUUCAUUCCUAAUCUCGAUACACACUUUUUUCUCACGAGUAAUGGUAAUUGAUAAUAUAUAAUAUACGAUGUAAUUUUGGACCAAGAGAUUUUUUGAUACGGCAGUAUUGAUACUAGAAAAAAUUUUUUUUUUCUUUUCUUUAGUCACUAUUACGUUUCCCUAUUUCUAGCGAUGAAAGUGGGAACAAUAUCCUCGGUAUAUAAACUCGUAAUUUUCCGAUAGCGAUUAGUAUAAUACAGAUUAUCUUGGUAUACAGUGAUUAGUAUCAAAUCCUAGAGCGGAACCAAUCGAAUGAAAUGGUUCGAAACGCUUCGGAAAGAUAUGCAUUUUUUUGUUUUGUUUUUUUUUUGUUUUUUUUUUUUUUUUUCCCCAUCAAACGUGUUCCUUUUUUUCAAUUAGAGUAACACUUCGUUCGAGAAACUCUUCGACGAACCUAAAUCUUUUCCUUUCUUGGUUUAUUUUUUUUUUUUUAACUUUUUUCUUUUUCUUUUUUUUAAUUUUUUCUUUUUCUUUUCUUUUCUAUUUUUUAAUAUCAUUACGAGGAUUUUUUCAUUCGUAAUAGAUCUUACAAUAGCAAGUAUCCUUACGUAAACAUUAAAGGCCGUACGUUUCGUUAAAUAAAAGCAAGCUGGCUAUAAUUUAAAGCUUUUCGGAAAAGCUUUAAAGGAUCGACAAAUCAUACAAUUUCAUGAACAUUCUCGCUGUACACAGAUUUUUUUUCUUUUUCUCGUUCGAAGAAAUGUCUCUCGCUCUCUCUCGCUCUCUCUCUCUCUCUCUCUCUCGCUCUCUCUCUCUCUCUCGCUCUCUCUCUCUCGCUCUCAUUUUUGACGAAUACGUCGUCCCUUGCGCGCUUAACGGCAACAAAUUUGUCACUAAAUAUCUAUUUCGAAAAUCUACAAGUUUCCUAAUUAUUCGUCAAGUAAUGAGAAAUUUAUUUGAAAUUGAAAGAUUUGCAUAAAAUAAUGAAGUAUUUUCAAUUAAUUUUUUUUCGUAUUAUCGUGUAUUAUUAUUAUUAUUAUUAUUAUUAUUAUUAUUAUUAUUAUUAUUAUUGCAUAUUAUAAAGCAGUAUUUUUCUUUUCAUUUUUUUUUCAUCUUAUUAAAUAGAUCGAGAAAUUUCUAGCUAGCAAGUAACAUUCUGAAUAGUAAAUCUAAAUUAGUAUUGAUGAUACAAUACUUGUAUUGGUACAAAAACUACAUAUCCUGACUGAUACGAAUGAAAUUGAUGAAAGGCAACUCUAAGACUUCCGUUUCAAUACUUUAUGAGCGUCUGAGCUCGGAUUUAUUGAUCUGUAUUUCGUUCAAAAAACGCAGGCAUUUAAAAAUUAUUAUCAAAAAUAGGUCGUUGAAAAAUCGUUGCAAAAGUUACCACAAUUUAUUUGAAAAAUGAUUUAUGUGACUUCUCGUGUUUUUUCUUUUCCUUUUUUCAACUCUCCAGUAGCAGUCAAUUUGAUAUUCGGUUGCACCAGCGGAUAUAUUUUAAAGAUUUCGAGACAUUAUCAAAAUUUAAUAAUCUUUUGUUUACAAAUAUUCAGACAAUCGUGCAUUUUCGUUUAUCAAUAAAUAAUAAAAUAGAUAAUAAGACAUAAUAAAAGAUAAAUAAGUUUUUCUUUUUGUUUGUUUCCUUGUUUACAAUACCAUGGUCAAUAUAAUAAUAUUAGAGCGAACAAAUUGGCAUGAAUAUAUAAUGUAACUAACUCAGUGUUAUUAUUUUUCCUUCAAUGUAACUUCAUAUGGGUCUCUCAACAAAUCAAAAUAAAUAAAAAUAUCCCAUUAAAUUAAAAUUAUACAUAAAAAAUCACGUAGAAAUUGUAUCAGAAUAUAAAAACGAUAUAAAAUACGAAGACUGACUACUAUAUUAUUUCAUUUCUGGACAGUCGAUAAUAGACAUAAGAUUAGAAUAUUUAUGUUCCUAAUGAAUUCCAUUUUUAUAACUAUGAGAGACCUGGAGUAUUUUGGUAAGUACGCAUAAAAUACAUUACACGAACAUACUAAAAUAAUCACAGAGAUGAUUCAGGUUAUCAAAUGACCUCUUCUCUUCACGAAUAACUAAUGGCUACGUUGUGCUGUACGAACUAAACUGUUCGGCCAGUGUUAAAGGAUAAAGAUAAUAUAUCUAGCAAUUGUAAACUACUAGUGGACCGCGUCAAAAUGAUAUUUCUAUUUUUGUUGUUCCCAUUUUAUACUUUUUUCCGAUAUAAUUAGGUGAUUGUUGGUUGAUGUUUCUGUAUCAGUUAUUAGCCUUGUGAACUUUCAAUGUUUAAUAGAGCAGAUAUAUUAAGCAGAGUCCUUUUUCUUUAAGAAAUAUAAAAAAAAAAAAAAGAAAAA